CUCUCAAGCUCUCAAGUCUCACGCAUUUGGGCGUGAGACACACGCAUUUCAACCAGUUCGCACACUCAUACCUUGUAUUUCUCACGCAGAGAAAAUUACUAGGACAACGCCCACCAAGCUGCACCGCUAUUUUUUAACUGUGUUUGAGGAUUUUUCGGAGGGCUGUGGUGCCGGAAGUGACGUACUGAGGGCCGUAGUACGAUAAGAAUUGACGACAUGUCUGGCAAUGGGAAUCUGGCACCGGCAACUAUCAAGUUCAGAGUUCAGAAGAAGCUUGCCACGCACCAGCCAAUCAAAAAAUAGCAUUUUUGUAUCCGGGUAAAAUUUACGUGAUCCCUACAACUUUCCAAAGAAGACGAUGCAGUAGCCUACAGUACAGUAAGUCAUCACAUCAUUUGAUUUGGUAUUUCCUGAACGAAAUUACUACUUUGAUCACAAAAAUAACGACAGCUGAUUUUGUGGGGAAUAUUGUGUCCAGGUAAUAAUGUUUGAGUAAGCUCACAUUGACCACUUAAGUAGCUUCACUACUUUACUACUGUUACUUUACUACUAUUUGAUGUAGAAAACAGCAGCGUUACGACCACGUUACUGAGGAAUGUAGUGAAACUAGUAAUGCUGCACUACUUACGCCACUACUGCCCAACACUGCGCUUAGCACUACGGUGCAGGUGCUUGCUUUGUUUACUCCUGAGCAGGGCUCAAUUUAGCGGAAACUCCACCUUGUGGCCAAAAUGAGGAACCACACCUCUCUGUGCUCCUCAUCACAGAAACUGGAGCACGGCUACUAUUGUGUGAGCUACACUGCUAUACCGAACAAUUAGUGGACAUUAUCACCCUUAACAUUUAAAACGAAAUAACUUGAAAAAUAUACAGGAAGGGGAGUGGCUUAUCCUUUUAUCAUUUAUUGUCCUUACACUAUUGUAAUCAUAUUCCCAUCAUCUGUUUUUGUUGUUUCUUUUCUUUUUGAAUGAACCUUUUGUAGUGCUGUUGCAAUACAGUUUUAUCGUUGCAUAGUCCAUUUUAGUCAGGAGGCUACUUUUAGUUGUAAUAUUUAAUUUUUAGAUUUGAUAUCCUGGCCAUGCAUACAUUUAAUCAUUGCAUUUAAUUGUUUCAAAGAUGUCAGGGAAGAAGAAGAAGAAGCAAAAGAGCACUAUUUCAUGCUUCCCUCUCAAGGGUCAGCCUCCUAAAAAGGUUGCCAGGUCAGAGGAGGAGACUGUGGAGGAGGCAGUGGAGGAGAUAGUGGUGGAGUUAGAAGAAGACUCACGGGAAACAGGAAGAAAGAGAGGAUUGUCUGGAGCGGCCACUUACAGGUGUUCUUUUAAGAAUGAAUGGUCAAUCAAAUGGCCAUUCAUUACAUUAGGUACCACCAGCUCCUACUACUGGUGCUCUGUCUGCAGACAAGAGAACUCCUGUGUCCAUCAAGGCGUGAGGGACGUAAGCAGGCACAUCGAAAGUAAGCGACAUCGGGCCAAAGAACAGGCUCUUAACUCGGCCGGCAGUGUUGCACAAUUUUUUACUCCACCAGCUUCUGAGGUGAAGGUGGCCGUUGCAAUGGUGCAGCACAAUGUGCCAUUUGCAGUUGCGGACCAUAUCAGUCUGUUGUACAAGGAAUGUUUUAAAGACUCCCCCACGGCUCCGAACGUCAAGAGUGCCAGCACCAAGACAGCGUGCAUCAUCAACAAAGCAGUGGCACCACGUAUUAGAAAUGGGUUGGUGACAAAGAUGAGGAAGAAUCCCUUCACACUUGUCACAGAUGGCUCAAAUGAUACAGGACUUGAGAAGAUGAAUCCCAUCACUGUAAGGAUAUUUGACACCACCAAAGUUGUCCACAGAUUUCUGGAUAUGUGUACCACCAGUGGACGAAGCUCUGGCACAGCUGAAGUUAUAUAUAAAAAAAUCAACGACGUCUUGCGGGAAAAUAACAUACCUUGGAGAAAUUGUGUUGGUCUGUCAAUUGACAAUGCACCUGUAAAUACAGGUGCCAAAAAUUCCAUUUCAGGCAGAAUGCUGAAGGAAAAUAACAGCAUUUACUUACAUGGAUGCCCCUGCCAUAUCAUUCACAACACUGCCAGACAGGCUGGACAGCGGUUUUUGGAAAUAUCUGGAUUUGAUCCAGAAGAUCUGGCUGUGGAUGUUGGAUACUGGUUUAAGGGAAGCACCAACAGUAAAGGCUACCUGGCAGAAUUUUGUGACUUCCAUGGAAGCGAAUACAUGGAAACGCUGCCGCACAUUUCAGAGCGAUGGUUAAGCCUGGAAACCUGUGUUACACGCAUUCUGCAGCAGUAUGGGCCACUCACCAGCUAUUUCAAGUCUUUCGAUGACAAACAACCAAGGUUUAGAAGGCUGGUGGAUGCAUUUUCCAACCCUUUGACUGAAAUCUACCUCCUCUUCUUCCAAGCCACACUGCCAGUGUUCUCGCCACUGAACCUCCUCUUCCAGAGAGAAAAAUCCUCCAUAUUCCAGCUCCAUGGAGAGAUGACAACGUUCAUCUUGGAGUUGUGUGCGAGGUUCAUGAAGCCAGCAGCACUACUACAGAGCCGACAAGUCCAUGACAUCCACUACAAGGACCCACUGAACCAACUGCCGGGAGAAAAGCUGGAUGUUGGCUUUACCACCAGAGCUACCCUCAACAGGCUCCUUGAGGCUGGAGACCUCACACCUCAGGAGGUUCAACAAUUCCAGCAGGCAUCACUGGCAUUCCUGGUCAGGGCUGUGGAGUACGCGAUCAACAAACUCCCCCUGAAGGAGGCCCUUCUUCAGCAUGCAAAAUUUGUUGAUGUGCAGCAGAGGGCUGAAUGUGGCGUGGAAGAUGCCCUAUACUUUGUAGACAGAUUUCAUGAACUACUUCCGUUCCAUGGGCCGCGGGAACACAAUAAGGUGAGCGAGGAGUUCCUUGAGUAUCAACUCAUGGAUAUCCCCAUGCCCCAAGAUCCGUCCACCUUUGAUGUGGAGGAGUUUUGGGGGAGAAUGUCCUCAACCAAAAACAAGGUCACUGGUCUGAGCCAGUUUGCCAGGCUAUCCAAGAUUGCAGAACUAGUUUUGGUGCUCCCUCACUCCAGCGCCGAUGCAGAGAGGGUUUUCUCCAUGGUCGGGUUAAACGAGACCAAGACCAGAGACAGCUUGGCCCUUGACGGCACUCUCUCUUCAAUCAUCGCAGUUAAAAUGGCAGGCCCGGAACCACAUUGCUUCAAGUGGGAGCCCCCUACCCCCAUCCUGAAGGCCUCAAAAUCUGCCACCAACGCCUACAACACACACCACCGACACCCCUCACCUACCCCUGCCCUUCCCGACGAAAUCUCACUCUGAACUGACUUCAAAACUUGAGAUCCCUGACAUGUAACAGCCACAUGGUGGCGGUGUUUGCCACAGUAAAGGCAGCAUUUGACAUGGUACAUGAGUUCAGACUGGUGACACAUUUGGUCCAAAUCUAAAUUCUAUUUUAUCCUUUAUGACAAGACAAUACAAGUCAAAUGGAAUAUGAUCUUUUUCAGCCCUGGCAGCUGGCAACCUUCCAGUCGCAAGCCAAGUUCCUUUUCUACGUCGUGCAUAACAUGAAUAGAUAGUGUAAAUGUUAGAAUGUAAGAAUCACCUGUCAUUCUGAAAUAAAUGUCCAUCCAUC